CCCAGGAGGAGUAAAACUUUCCCUGUGCGUAACUGAAUCCUAAGCGCGCACAGACCAUUCUGACAAUGAAACGCUUUUAAACUUAUCCAGAUUAGUUAAAAAGACGUGUAGCAAGUUAUUUAAGAUAGCAUAGCAAUAUCUAUUUAUUGGCAAGUCUUGUUUUGGGACUGAAGUUUUCUGUAAUGGGCAUGGCUGUAAUCUGGGGUUCCCCGGGGAGUUUUCUUCAAGUCUUGCUUACCCUGUUAAUCUGCGGACAGUGUGCUGUGGCUUUCUCGGGCGCUGGACAACAAGAGACGACCUGUGAGGCAAACGGCAGUGUUUAUUAUGUUGGCGAAUGGUACUUUUUAGACUCAGAUCAUUGUACCCAAUGCGAAUGUACAACAGACGGGUCUGCUUGCGCGCGGACUGAGUGCGCAUCCCUGCCUGCCGCCUGCAUCCAUGUCAGCCAUUACCCGAAAGACUGCUGCCCGAUAUGCGAGAAGAUCGGCUGCGAGUACGGGGGAGAAGUCUACGAGCUGGGGCAACACUUUAAGCCCUCAGCCUGCCAUCAUUGUACCUGCAACAGCGACGGUAUCGCCCACUGUCAGGUUGCAGACUGUGUCCCUCCACCAUGUGUUAAUCCAGUCUAUCAGGAAGGGAUAUGCUGCCCUCAGUGCAUGGAUGGGCCCAACUGUUACGUGAAUGCCUCAAGGACCCAAGUGAUCCCUGGAGGCGAGCCAGUGUGGGUCGACUCCUGUACUAAAUGUCGAUGUCAUGAAGAACAGGAUGCAGGUUAUUGGGAGGGCCACCGUCUGGCAAUGUGUUCCCAUGUCCGCAACUGCCAGCCUGAUGAGGGCUAAACUGAGGAAAGAGGUCAAAAAUGGGGUCAUCUGUCAUCCCAAUUUAUAAAAUGGAUGACAAAAACUUAGCAGAUAUCUAAACCACACAUUUCCUGAUGAAAGUGUUGAGGAUAUAUAGCCCACAACUUUUUCAUUAUUAACCCUUUCACAUUCCAGUUGUUAAUGUAAAUUGAGUGGGUAUAUUAUUUCCUCGUCUUACUAAGGGAUAUUCCCUAAUGAACCAGGUGAUAGAGCUUAGUUUUGAGACACCUUUUUGGCAUGGUUAUAAAUAGCACAGUGAGCAUAUUACAUUGUUCAUAUGCCUUUUAGUAUACAGUGCAGUUGUGUUUAUAAAACUUUGACAUUGCAUGGGCACUGUGCAGUGCACAAUUGCACCUGCAGAUGUGAUGAUCUUACACUAAUCUUUGUGAUUGUUUUUUUUUUAAUAUUUAUAUAUAUGAUUUUUAGUACUGUUUUUUACAUAGUUGUCUGCUUCAAAUGCAUGAAAACCAAAGUAUAUUCAGAUUUCAAGGCUACUGCUAUGCAAGCAUGAAAACAGCUAAUGUAGCAUGAAACACAAACAAACUGACCUAUAAGAAAUGAAUCAUAUAUAAAUAAAGCAGACCCAUUUUUGCUUUAUUUCUGCUCUGACACUUCAUUCAAAGUUGUGGGAAAAUUGCUACUUUUUUCAAGGCCUGCAUUUGCAGCAAUGACACAGAAUGUACACAGAUAUGAAUAAACCAUAAGUGAUCUA